AUGGCUCCAUUCGAGGCUUUGUAUGUUAGGAGGUGUAGGUCUCCUAUUGGCUGGUUCGAUAUUGUUGAGGCAAAGAUAGAGUUUGAGUUUGAGCUCAAUUCAGCCGAUAUCCAUGUUUCUAUGUUAAGAAAGUGUUUGGAUGAUUCAUCGCAGAUUACACCUAUCAAUGAUAUUCGUAUGUUGGAUUCCCUGUGUUUUAAGGAGGUCAUGGUUAAAAUCUUGGAUUGGCAAGUUCAUCUGUUGAGUACCAAGGACGCAGCUUCGAUAAAAGUUUCGUGGAGGAACCAUAAGGUGGAAGAGUCUACAUAUGAAGCUGAAGAUGACAUGAAGUCCAAGCAUCCAUUCCUAUUUUCUGCUCUAAAAAUUUAUGCAUAA